AUUACCGAUUGUCCCCUGGAAAAACACUCGGGUUUCCUCCGCAAGCGCAGUCCUCAUUUUCUCUUCCCGACUCCAUCGUUGUCGACAGAUCCCUUCGAGGGACUCACCAGCUUGCAGUCCCGUGGCAUUUCUCUCUCACCCUCGCCUUCUCGCCCCACUGUACAAAACUGUGCCAGUAGGCCGAGUAUCACACGUGAUUCUUCCUAUUAAUUUUUAUACUCCUGACUCCUUCACGCGUCUCCAUUUCUCUUUUUCCAACUCAUCUCAAGUCUUGAAACCAAAUUCGAAAAUUUUCCUCACCACUCAAGUGAAAGUCUGCGUUUUUAAAAAUAAAAUUGUUAAAAAUUACUAUUACUACGACACUUGUAAUUACAUUAAUGCCAUCACACAAUUUAUAAAAAAUAAAUCAUGGAUAAGCGAAGAUCUUUCGAUAACGGACUAAUGGAACAGGCUCUGCCCAUCCCAGUUCAACUUUAUCUUUGGCGUCAAUUGAGACCAUUUACCAGAGCGAAGCUCGGAAAAUUACACGAGGCAUCAUGUACGUUCUGCCAAAAUGCGCCCGGGCAUCACGAAAUGAAAGAAGCCAGUACGUCUUUUGAAAAAGUACUCGUUCAAAGUCUCCACAAUGAAUUAACGCCAUCAUUAAUUGAAAUAUUAAAUACUGUACCACGAUGGCGUUUAAUACAGACAGCAUUACCAUACGUAUUGCAUUCAGCAGCUAAUUUACUUUACAACAAAAAAGAUUUACAAAAUAUCGGACCAAUAGAAACAACGCUAUUGUAUAUUCUUCACUGGUUUUUACUUGACGCCGCUGAAGAAUGUGCGGAAACAGAUUCAGAACUCGGGAUGCAAAAUAAUCCAUUUUAUUAUCUUUACUCCAUACCAACAAUUACUUUAUUUGUGUACUUGUUUGCUCCGCUGAGCAACCAUUUGAAAGAUAUUGACUUCAAAAGCAACUUGCGGCUUGAAAAUGGAGUUAAAAUUUGGGAACCGAUGAAUGAAUAUCGACAUCCAGAGAACUCAUGUUUUACUGCGCACUGCAGACCUAAGCCGAGAUCUUUGUGGUGGAAGUCUUCGAGAUUAGGAAAGCAGUCGACAGAUAUUUUUUUUGGCUCACGUAAAAAGAAUGAUGAAGAUGACAGUCCACCGAGUCAGACUAUCAGUAUGUGUUUUUCAGAACAAAAUUUGCCGACUAGUAAACAAGAUGAUGAAAAUAACUGGGUUUCGUCGCCAAAAGAUACAGUAUUUCCGGAAACUAUACCUGAAGAAAGUUCAAGUAAUGAAGACGAAAAUGUAAUAUAUCGGAUGCCUUUUCCUGAUAACGAUAAAAACGGAGACGGAGUUAAAAAAGUUUUUACAAUAUUUUCAGCCGAGGCGAGUAUUCUUCACGUAGCGAUGGGUCGCUCCAGUAAAUCUCUUGAGUCAACGCUGACCAUCGAACGAGUAGGAUACGAUAGAUCUGAUGAAAAAACACUUACAACUUUACAAUUUGGGAUUAAAAGUAAAACGAAAGCUGAAAAAAAUGAAAAAAAUAAUCAAGAAAGUGCCAAACAAAAACCUGAACCUCCAACCGAAGAAAAUGUUCAAACUGAUCAAAAUGAAAACCAAUCGACCCGCGCCUCAGGAGCCACGGUUGACAUUCGCGCGGCGACUUUUAUGGACGUCGCGGUUCUGAGAUGUCUUUUUAUUUCUCAGUGGCAAGAGGAAGGAAUCUAUUGGGCCCUACAAUUUUUAUACAACCGACUACAAAAGAUAAAUGAAGAAACGUCGAUGCAACAAAUGCCCCGAAGACGAAGCAAUUCAUUGCCAAUACCUAAAAUCGAGGUAUCUAUUUACCAAAGUCCCGAAAGCAAAAAGAAAGAAGACAAAGAAGUCAUCGAUAUGCCUGCGGAUGCCCGGGAGCCUUCAACGAUGUCAGACUUGGCAACGAUCGCCGAUCUGCCUUACAACACUACCAACAAAAUUAACGAAGAGGGCAGCCAUGUUAGACGUGCAAGUGAGAAAACAAAGAAGCGGAUGAAGAUGGCUGACUUGAAGGCUUUUGUUGAAACUAAAUUACUAUCCAAGUCGGAGAAAAAUUUAGAGAAAAUUGGACACGAUGAAUCUAAACAUGAAUUAGAAAAAGACCUAGAAUGCCAUCGAAGUCUCGAUACAGGCGACGAUCAUUUGACGAGACCAACUUCAACGUCUUCAAGAAUUUUUGACGCCCGGGACAUUGACCAGAUGCUUUACCCGUCAAAUUUAAUCAAAGGCAAAAGCAUGCCGAGUUUAAGCUGCUUGAUUAACGAGCUCACUGCUGGUGGAUACACUGGAGACACAAAAGUUGAGAGGAAGCAAAGCAGAUUUUACAGCCAAUCUUGCGCAGCGCCCAAUCCGAUAAUUACUGUCACAGAACAUACGCCAACUCCGUCGCCUGAUUAUUUAAAACGCCAGGGUUCAAUAGACAGCCAGCUGGACUCGAUAAGCAUCCACGGGAGUAGAUUGAGCUCAGAACGCAAGCCAAGUUUGACCCGAUCUCAAACUGAUUCAAAUAUCACAUACUUGGGCGAUGACAUUCCCGAAGCCCCUGGAUCUGCGUAUUAUAUCACUAAGGAAGGCGAUAUUGAUUAUCAAAUCGUUUUGAAGGCUGUGCAUUCGGUGGCCUUGAGAGACGGUACUUACUGCACUCCGCGAGUUUGUGAGAGUAUUUUGAACCUAGUGGAAUUGCUAAUGGAGAUGGGAGUUUUGAAAGAGUGCCUUGAAGAAGAAGCGAGCAAUGCCGGAUCAGGUCAAGAUGUCAAUGAGAAACCUGAACGCAAGCACGAUUCUCCAGUAAAUGAUCAAGAUCCUCGCAAUGAUCUUGAAGGCCGGAAUUGGAAUGCCCAUGCGCUAAUGCUGAAUUGCGUCUUCCGCGUGAUAAAGCAUCUGGGCUGUCCCCACGGGUGCGCGGAUGGAAUCCGGGGACCUCAAGCGGACUUUUGUCGUUCCCAAGUCUCUACUAUGCUGAGCAAGCUCUUCCAGGCAAGCUCGAGACAGUUUUCCCGUACUCUACGAUCGAUGAUCUCAAACCAGCCUAUCCCAGAUAUUCUUGAGCUGUUUCACUCCUACGUGGGCUUUUGCGUGGAACCCAGCUCACUAUUGUCACCUCUCAAUCAAAAGAGAAACGUCAACAAAUCACCAGAAACGGCGAAUCAAACCAGUUACUCGAAUAAUUUCGGUCUGGGAAGUGGAAUCCUUUCAAAUAAUACAGCAUCAGUAGCAGCAACAGCAUCUGCUCUAGCUUCUGCAACAGCAGCCUCAGCGACUGCAUCUUACGGUGGUCUCAAAUACGCAUCGCGUACAAUCGAAAGCAAAAUACUUGGUUGUAUUUUCAAAUCUCUUGUAACUCGAUUCGUUUCUAGUUCCCGCGAGUUUAAGUCCCAAGAAAAUAUUUCUAUUUACUGUGAUAUAAAACAAUUUAUAACUUACGUUAAGGAAAAUCACGGAGGCGUUUUCCGACGUGUUGCUCUCAGUGGAAUUUUAGAUUCCUCGGACAAACCAAACAAACGUUGUAACUCUAGUAUCAUAACCACCCGCGUGAUUCGUCAUAUUCAUCAGUCAGAGUUCGAUGACGAUCUAGCUGACUGUCAUUAUAUUGACGAUCGAGGAACGAGAAAGGCGUUUAAAAAACGCAGUACCUCCUCUACAGGCGCGCUACAGAGCUUAUUAGAGACGGAGCUGAGUGAAGAAAACGUUAAAGUAAGUCAGAGUCCUUUAGGGAACCUGCGCAAGAAGCAUCUGUUGACGCCACGUCAGAGCGAGCGUAAUUUAGGAAUCGGCGAGACCUGCGUCAAUAGAAAGAACCGCAAGUCUACCAGAUUCCAGUUUGGGGGGAUCGUUAACUGGUGCAGACGCGAAUAUGGAAGGACUGAUUCGACUGAUAGCCAUGACAGCAGCGAGUCGCCCAGCGAAGGCAACUUUAUCAGACAGUCAAGCUUCCAUCGCGGGCAUUAUCGCGUUACCAGACCAGGUCGCGGUGUUGGACAGACACUACAACGUGCAAAACGUCGUAUGGAAAAUAAACUUAAUAAAAUAGGAUUUGGUAAAGGAAAAAAAAAUGAAAGUCUUGAAGAAGCUCCACAUAAUUAUUUCAGUAGAAGAAAUUCAAUGGAUAUGGGAGACGCGUCGAGGGAAUCAGAGUUUGUUGUUUUGAAGGAAAGACGAUUGGUACCAUGUGAAGCUGUCUUUGAAGGAAUGAAACGGUUUUCAUUUUUACUAGAAACUUGUCAACCUGGUUCAGUACCUGAUCAUCAUUUAAUAGCAGCUAUUCUUGAUCUGCCUUAUGCGCCAGUUGUAGCGCGAGCGUCUCUGCUGCUGGAGUGUGCGCACUUGGUCCAUCAAUGCAACAAAGGUCACUGGCCGACUUGGAUGAAAAUAAACCUUCCGAUCUUCCGGCCGUCUAUCGCAAUGAGCACCAGGAAUGCUCCCAGUGGGUUAAGACGCACGCACGUUCUCCAACGCGCUGCUGGUAAACUGUUUUAUCAGUGGGCAGAGGCAAUAAGCUCGAGACUCGAAGAAUUUAUGAACGAAGACAAGCAGAAUGUUGAUCAGAUCAUAGCCUUGGUUGCCGACGAGUCAAAGCAACGGGAUCUGGUGAUUGAAGACGAAGAAGAAGACUUUCUUGAUGAAGCAAGCAUAAAUUCGUAUGGGUCGCAGUGUCCAGUAGCCCUGCGCAUGGUCGCGUGUAUCCUGCUCCUCGAAAUCACGGCAUUUCUACGCGAAACCUAUCAGACUUUGCCAAAGUCAUCGCGAUUGUCAACAAAAGAGCGUCCAGCCCCGUGGGAAAGGAUGUACAGCCGAGAAGCUAAUCGUCGAUGGAGCAUGGCACUGUCGUCGAUGGGUCAUUCCCAGACGUCUGCCCAAAGUCUGCAGUCGAUAGCAGGCGAUCGUGAGACUGCUGGUGAGUUGAGGGAGUUGAUCGAAAGAGGCUCGUGGAGUUACGCUAAUCCCAUCACCAAUAUAUAUCAUCAACCAUCUGACUCAAUCGCCCUCGACUUUCGAUCAGAGCGAAAAAUCAGCUUUGUCCUUCACGAGCCUGACAACGAAUCGGAGGGUAGCAGUAAAUCAACUGUCACAAUACAGCCUGACGAUACCAUGACCCAACAACAGCAGCUCAUUAAUGACGCGAUGAUCAGUCGUAAUGCCGACAAGAAACGUGUUUCAGCAACACCAAGUGGUAGGCCAUUCUUACUACGACGCGGUACUGCCGGAAAUACUGGAUCAUUCAAACGACGUAGUCUUAAAUUGCGUCGUAAUACUAAAGAGGGAAAAGACAUGGAGUGUGAGGCUUUUGUUCGAUCGAUAGAUGCAGUGAGACGAGCGGAUUCGAUCCAGUCUAAAAGGAAAGUCAGCUCGCUGUCAGAUCGCAGUGACACAUCCGAGCAAGGUUACGGUGGUGAGGUAAGCGGUGAGGAAUCUCCAGGAAUUUUGAGUGACGAUCAGCCGCCUGAGAGCCCGAGUGACUCCAAUGACACUGACGACACCAACAAAAACUUCCCCUGGAUGAAGGUUUUGGUCCAGUUUACUGGGACCUCUAAUUUUUUCUGCUCACAUCAGAACUUUUGUCAUCCAUAUUGUCAUCGACGGCAGAUGCGUGCCUGCGCGCGGCUCAUUAAAUCUGUGAGAAAAGUUUAUGGAGAGGAGUUUGGAAUAAUUAAUGGAGCGUCGACUUUUGAUUUUGAUGGGGAUGCUAAGAAGGAUGGAGUUGACGGAAAGAAAGACAAGAGGAUGAGGAAAGUUUCUGAUCAGACCAGCGCUCAAGUGUCGCCUGUCAGAAGAAAAGAUAGUGUUGGUCGUAAAUUUAAAAUUGAUAAAAAUUCAGAUGGAUCACAAUCAGGGCGCCUGACCGGAUUGAUAAGAGACUCAUCCAAAGACCUAGCGGACCAAGACUCUGAACGUGGAGGUUUAUCAUCUCGAAAGUUUACCGAGGAUAACAAUGAAGAGGAAAAAGAGCCUCCGGUGAUACUAAAAUACAUAAAGACUCAAGUUAAAGAAGCUUUUCACGCGCCAAUAGCGACUCUAGUAAAAGGGGCAGUGGUCAUGUCCGAAGAUCUAUUUGUUGACGUGCUACCGGUCGCCUGGGAGUUACUUCUGGAAGCCAACCAAGAGGUCGCUGCAUCCGCCGCCUCUUUAUUCAUCAUCGCGGCAGUUCGGGCGCCAAAUCAAGCCAGCGAACUUAUGCACCACGGCCUCCAGCAUUCUAGCUCCGCCAUUCGCAUCAACGCAAUUCUAAAAUUUCAAGUUUUGUGGAAAUUGCGAUAUCAAGUCUGGCCUAGAAUGGAAGAAGCAGCUCACGUUACUUUUAAAGUUCCCCCUCCGGGUAUUGAGUUCACUUUGCCAUCGCCAAAAAUUGGUAUAGAAUCACUUCCGGUGGUUGAUCCGCCCUGGAUGCCUCAGGUUAAGACAAAAGUAGAAGAAGUAACUAUAAAUCAAGAGCGUCAUCGAUCAUUAGUGACAGCUACUAAGACUAGAAAAAAACAACAAACAGAGUUGAUAAAGAAGGCAUUACAGGCACAGGAUGAUAAGAAGCGCGAGGAACGAGAGAAUUUUUUGAUUACGACAAUACCGAUCACAGUCCAGGCUGCGUACGAACCCAGUCCCGUUGGCGACGAUCACGACGAAGGCAAUGCUGACGACGACGCCGCUGAGACUCAGCCCCGGAAUAUGACUCACCAUGGGCAGUCAGCACUUUCACUCUUCCCUUCUUCGCUUUGUUCCGCGAUCGUCCAGAUCAUCAACUUGCUCGACGACGCAGCGGUCUCCGAUGACGGGAAUGCCGUCUACGAAGUCGCCUACCAGGUCAUCUGGAGUUGUCUCGUCGAGGACAGCGCUCUCUUUCUUCGUUACGUCUUGGAACGGCUCACCCGUGAGAAACAAGAGCUUAUGUUCAAAAUACUUCGUCACUUGAUACGAUUCGUUCCAAGGCUUCCUCAGCAAGCGGCAUUUGCUCUCUACAAUUACAUUAUAGGUUAUGUAAUGUUCUACGUAAGGUCGCCGCACGAGGAAGGCCAGAAACAUAUCGGAACUGCUCUGUCAAUACUCUGGAUGGUCGUCCAUAGUGUACACGGAAUAAUGUUCAAAGACUUGAAACAAAUAUUAAGAAAAGAACAGUGCGACGCAUCGAUAUUACUCACAGCUAAUGUUCCCUCCGCGAAGAAGAUUAUUGUACAUGGUCCUCAAGAUCCUGACGCUGGUGGUAUUCCUUCGCAGUUUCCUGUUCAGGAAGACACUCAGUUUUGUCAGAUUCUACGGGAGUCAUUGGAUUUCUUCGGGAUCGAGGAACAUAAGCACAAAGAAUAUUUUCUAGUUGACUACAAAACUCACCAAAUUCACAACCCGUCGUCUUAUGUCAGAGAUUAUUAUUUUUUCAAGAGAUCUCAGUAUCCGCAACUGGAACUGAUUCACAUGAAACCUGAGGACGCUUUCAAUGCCUUGCAGCGACAAGAACUCGUUCACAAGUUUGUUGAAAUAGGAAAAGUUUUAUUAACCUGGGCCAUUUUGAAAAAUGUUGACAUGGUGGUUCAAAGAGUUGUUUUUUUGCACGAGGAACUUAUGAAGCUUCCGGCGUUUCCUCGUAAAGCUUUAGAAGCCGACUUGGAUCUUUACAAAGGCGGAGAAAUUGGCAGAGAACUGCUUGGACUGGAUGUGAUGCACAAAUUUAUGUGGGUGAGAUUAAUAGCCCGGAUGUUUGAAGCCAUGGCGGGUAAUUUCGCGUACUCGGGAGACAUUCACUUGUUCCUGAAUGUCCUCAACGGUGCGAUAAUUCUACACAGCGAGGACUCGUGUAUCUUGCGCUACGUAGUCGCGACUUAUAUAAACGCGGCUCACAAUUUCAAAAAUAUAUUCUCGACAAAUGGUUAUUUGCUGAUAAUGCCAACACUUUUGCAGCUAUACUCUACUCAUCAAACAAAUAAGCUUGUAACGACAACUGUCGAGUACGCGGUAAAACAGUUUUAUCUGAUGAACCGGAAGCCAUUCAUCUUGCAAAUGUUUGGAAGUGUUUCAACGAUUCUAGACACUGAUGAGACCAGCACUCAUGGAGACGCCCACAAAGUUCCUUCUAUAUGUUUGUUUAAUUUGUUGAUGAGUUUGGAAACGCCAUCACCUGAUCCACUCAACAUUGGGGAACUUGUUAAAGAAGAAAAACCUCUUAAGGCUAUUGAUUUUUGUUAUCACGAUGAAACUGAGAUGGUUUCUGUGCUAGAUUGUAUUUCGCUUUGUGUUAUGGUAAUUGCUUAUGCUGCUGACUCUAUUCGCGGGCAACAGAUGCUGACUAUUUUGGAAGCAAUAUUGCCGUGUUACGUUCAGCAAAUCCAAUUGCCAACGUACAACCGCGAAGGAAAAACAGAAAAGGAAAUAAUAAACCAAUUGGCGAUAGCGGUGAAGACUUUGGUAAAUAAUUCCGAAGCUUUGACAAAAUACUACAAUGGUCCGCAGAAAUCUAGUCCUGAGCACAAAGGAUCGAGCCAGAGGAACUACGGCAAGGGCCCUUACUCACCUGGGUUCGAGUACGAGGAUGAAACGCACACUACCAAGUACCUGGAACAUACCAAAGUCAGGACUUUUUACGAGCGAGAUAAUGAUGACGCGGAGAGCUCACACAAAAAUGAGUUCCGAAGGCCUAGGGAUACUUUGUUGAAUAUUGUGGGAGAUUUUGUGGCAAGAACUUCUGUGAGACUUGCUGAGCUGAAUAAAAAAUCACAGGAUGGCAAAACUAUUGAGUUGUUGGAUUCAAAGUGUCACGUGCGACUGGCAGAUGUUGCACACAGUUUACUGAAGAUGGCGCCCUAUGACUCUGAAACAAUGGGCUGUCGGGGUCUAAGACGUUACAUGAACGAUGUGCUGCCAUCUACCGAGUGGUCAAAUGACGAUAUGAGACCCGCACUGACAAUAAUCCUGCGGCGUCUUGAUAAAACUUUCAGUAAAAUUUACAAAAAAGCAUCAGUGCGUCGCAAUACCGAUUGGGAGGCAGCCAGCGAUUUACUGAAAGGAAUCUACGAGACUCUGUCCCGCUAUCCCUACAUUGCGCACUUUCAGUACUUCAAAACUCUUCUCAGUACUUGCCAGGCAUUGAUAGUCGGUGACACAGGCCUAGUUGAAGUAACUUCCGGUGCCUCAGCAGCUCUGAUGAGCAAAAUACCUCCUCAGCAUUUCUGUUCCACUGUACUGAGACUCAUCGCUUUGCAUGUGAUCUCUCUAGGAGAAGGAUACUCACUGGAGAACGUUUGCGGAGGCUCAACAAUGUUCGCUUCUCAAACGCGGACCGAAAACAUGCUUCUCAAUUUACUGAUUCCUCUAUUCCUGCGCGUGGGUACCGGGCGCAAAGACGUUCCUAAAUUGAGGCCAGCGGACUUGAGCUUCGCUUUAAUAGCUGUCCUGAAUACUCUGUGGCCAACCGGAACUAAAACGAUGCCCAUGGCUAUGCAGAAUUUGAAAGCCACCACAGAUAUGAGAGCCGGAAGUCUUACUUUUGCUGCGCGAGACACUAAAGUUUCUAUGAAACUCUCAAUGUCUCUCUACCAAGUCGCUUUUUUAGCACUAAAAAUAAUGAUCAUCUGCUUUGAGACCGAAUUAAAAACUGAGUGGACGAAAAUACUCCGUACAAUGAGGCUUCUCAACAAACGUAACGAAGCCUCAAUUCACUUAUGGAAUUUCCUGGAGUUUGUAGUCACCCAUCGGACUGCUCUCUAUAUCCAAAUGUUGCCUUUUAUUGUUCACAAAAUAGGCCAGCCACCGAUUUCCGAGCACGAACGUAAUAUGCAAACAAUAAUACGCGGAAAAAUAAAUGGAGACACGUUAGCGUAUCCAAAAUCACGAGGAACGCUGCUUGGUGAUUUGCUUCAUGAGCUUCGGGACUUGAAGGAAGAAAUUGAAGAUCGUAAAUUCGAUGAAAUGCAACCAGAACCCAAACGAAGUGUAGUAGACAUGCAUCCAGGAGCGCCCAAUGCCGAUGGGCAACCACGAACUCAACGGCCAUCUUUGUUGAACGAUUUAUGGAGCGGAGAAUUGGGCUCUAAAGCUCACAUCAGUCGGACACCUGCAGAGACGCCUGGGUCCCAUUCAACGACGCUGCAUUCACUGCCGCACUCGGUCCAACAGUCGCUGAACUCGGGCAGCGCGAGGUCAUCAAUGCCCAGUCAAGGAUCAGCUCCAAAUGGCGCCACCAGAGCCAUGAGAAGAAACAUUGAUGGGGUUGUCACGUUGACUGCUCCGUAUCUCAAAUUGUCGGUCCUAGGAUCGGUAUCGAGUGCCGGAUCAUCAACUCUCAAAGAUGCUGCCCCUGAGAAUGGGAUUCAGGUUAAGUCUGAUGAUAAUCAACCUAGCGAGCCUACAGAUAAAAAUGAUGAACGCAAGCAUCAUCUGCUUCACCCGUUGUUUACUCACCAAAAAGCGUCUAAGCGACUGAGCUUUGUACCUUCUGUAGAAUUUAGACGCGCUUCAGCAUGGUCUGUGUUGAGAGGAGAAGUUGUGACGAGUCAGUUGAGUCCAAACAGUCCGAUAGACGACAGUUCAGGGGAGUCCCGACAAGACAAGCCACGAUUGCAACGUUCGAUGGGCCAAAGCAAAAGGACUUUUCGGUUAAGAAAAAGUCGACGGACUCAUAUUGAGAUUCCACACUUGAAACUAGAACAAGAAACCCAACCAGUAGUGCCAACAUCCCAAACGCCGCCAGCGUCAGUGGAACAGAAAUCAAGUUUGUUAGUCACCGAACCGCGUACGCGCCGAAGUUACUCGAUGCGUCCCGGCGACCUGGAACGUCUUCCCACAAUGAAUUUGAGUCCUGCUCCAGCACUCCAACAGAAUCUGCUGCACCCAGCUUCUGAUGUCUCCUAUGACGAAGACACAUCCAGCACAUCCGGUUACCGCGAGUCCUAUAGCAUACAGUUGGUAACCAUAGAAGGCCGCGAAGCCCAUCCACCUCCUCUGGCCUCUCCCGACCUCAACGAUCCCUCUACCAGUAGCACUACUACCAAUUGCAUGGCCUUUGAUGGCAGCUCCCCUGACUGCUCAUUGAAUGGCAACAGCGCCAGUGGUGGGGAAAAAACGGCCCUUCUUAAUUCCCGGCAGCGCACUGCGUCCCAGCAAUCUCUGCUGAUGGUUUUCCAACCUCAAGACGAAGAUACGCUGAUUUAACAACCGGCUUUGGUUUUUAAUUAUAAUAAUAAAGUAAUUCCAAGAAUUGUUAUUAUUGUAAAGUGAUAUAGUUGUAGUUUCUUAAAUUAAAUUUAGAUAUUUAUACGAUUUCGGUAGCUAUUUGGCUGUUUUUAAGGCCUAAUUUGUACAAUUUGUUGAAAAUAAAUUAAUUAUGAUAAUAUUAAA